UGAGCUGUUUAUAAAUUACAGCAGCCUCUUUAGAUAUUUCUCUCGCGUCGCGUGCAGCAGCUGCAGCUUCUAGAGACUCAGAGAAGGAGAGGGAGAGGGAGAGGGAGAUUCUUUGUUUGGAAGGGGAGAUUUAGGGUUUAUUGGCACCUCUUUGUAGCUAAUAGCUAAAGAUUUAUCACAAUGGAGGGUAUAACAGAGGGGGUGAACAACUUGAAUAUCACUGAUUCAGCUUCAGCCAACAAGAAGAACCGUAUUCAAGUCUCUAACACCAAAAAGCCCCUCUUUUUCUACGUUAAUCUCGCCAAGAGAUACAUGCAGCAACACAAUGAAGUUGAACUCUCUGCUCUUGGGAUGGCUAUAGCAACAGUUGUAACCAUUGCUGAGAUCUUGAAGAAUAAUGGGUUGGCUAUUGAGAAGAGGAUCACAACUUCCACUGUUGACAUGAGGGAGGAGACAGGAGGGCGACCUGUGCCAAAAGCAAAGAUUGAAAUAUUGCUAGGGAAGACAGAAAAGUUUGAUGAGUUGAUGGCUGCUGCUACAGAGGAAGUGAUAGAUAAUGAGGAGCAGAGCUGAGCUUUAAAAAACAAAUUCAGCUGGUCUCUUAAGUUGAUGCUGAGAUUUGUGAACAGCAUAAGUUCAUUGUGAACGUCUGUAACAAUCUGUUUUAGAUUGGAUUUUAUCAAGUUUAUUAGUUGUUAUUAUAUUUAUUGCAGGAGGUUUUGUAAAAACAGUGCUCUUUGCAAUUCAAAAUUCAAAUUCGUUUCCAAGUUCAA